GAGCAGCAGCAGCAGCUGGAGCUAAAGCUGAGCACGCUGCGUGGACACAAGCAGCUGCUGCAGGCGGAGAUUGCCCGUCUGUAUAUGGGCGCAUAUACGCCGGAGAUGCCGCUGCUGGUGGAGGAGCUGCAGCAGCGUCAGCUAGACAUACAACGGCAAAUCGACAAGCUGGAGGGCAAGGCCCAGCAGCAGGAUGCACAGCAGCUGGCGCUCAAUCUGGCAGCCGACUUUGAGUUUCUGCAGCACAAACUGAACGAGCUCAAACUUCAACUGGAUGCCAUGCAGGCCAACAGCAGCAGGAGCAGCAACGAUCUAACUCGCGAGGUGACGCCCAGCAGCACGCCUCGAGCGCCAGUUGGCUCGUACUUCUUUACGCCGCUGAUGGCCAUGCCGGAGUCUGGACCCAGCAGUGGCAUCGCCACGCCCUCGCUCAUCAAGCGGCAGCAGGAGAAGCAUCAGCAGCAGCUGCACAGUGCGGAGGAGCUGCUCGCGGAGCUAAAGCUGCAGCGCCGAUUCCUGGACGAUGCCAUUAAGCGCAUGGAGCUGGUGUCCGUCAAGCGGAGCAACAAGUUCUAAUUGGAAUCACAUAAGAUUACCAUUACCAUAGCUAUAAGUUGAAAUUUUUUUUUUGUCUGCAUGCGUUU